AUGAAGCCCACGGAAUUCAUUCCAUUUAGAAGUCUGCCUCUGAAGGUUUCACAGAGAAAUCCGGAUUCAGACAGUGCUGAGCCUUCCGGAAACCUUGGCCAGCCUUCCAAUAUUCUAGAUAUCUCAAACGGCGACAAUUCCGGAAAUGGCAACUCAGUGCCAAUCCAUCCGGAAACACCAACAACUUCUAUUCUUCAACCAGAAGCUGAACUAGAUCAACCAGUCAAUCCCAAUCAACACUAUCUUCGUUGGUUAAGGGAUCAUCCUCCGCAACAGAUCAUUGGAGAUAUUCAAUCUGGUGUUCGCACAAGGAGUGCCCAACAGAAUCUAGAAGCUAUGCUUGCUUUUGUUCAAGAGAAGGCAACCCCUCCCCCACAAGAACAGAACCAGGAAACAGCAGCAGAAGAAGAAGAAUUUCAGCCACGAAUCCAAUCUCAAGUCUUGGAGAUUCUCACCACUCCUUGUGAGAUCUCCAAUCCUACUGAAAUUGAGAUCCCGGAAAAGUCAGCUGAAAUUCCGGAACAGUCAGCUCUUCCAGAAACAAUGGAGCAAGCUGUUGAAGCACAGAGGGAUUCUGGAGAAGCUGCAAAGGAAGAUCAAAUGGCAGAACUAGAGGUCUCUAAAACUCAAGUAGCCAUCUCUGAAGAAGAGAAUACAGCUGAAGAAAGAGACUCCCUCUCUAGGGAUAUAUCAAAUUUUGCGCUUGAAACAGAAGGAAAAUCUGAAAGAACGCUGAAGGUUACUGAUGAAGAAGAUGUCCAAGAAGAUGCUGAAUCUCUUCCUAUGCAACUCUUCCAAAGAACACCAUCAUCUCAUCAGGUAACCAACUUUCAUUUCCAUAGCUCUUCCACCCCUGCUCUUCCGGAUGAGAUACCGGAAAUCUGGACAAAGAAGGUCCAAGGGCUGAUUGAAUCAGCCAUAGCAUCUCAACAUGCCUCCUUUAGGCAAGAGAUAGAACAAAUGGAAGUCAGGCACACCCAGCUAAUAGAGAAGUCUGAAGGAAAACACAGCGCAGAUCUCAAAGAAAUAAGCAAAUCAGUGCAGAAGACUCUGGAGAUUAUCUCUCUAUUGAGUGAAACUGUGAGCAACACGAUGGAAAUAUAUGCCUCUGACAGUCAACUUCAUCUCAAAGAGAUCAACAAAGUCAGAGAGCAAAUAGCGAAUGUCACAGUUAGUCUCCAAAAGCAGAUGUCCCUUCUCCAAAUGGACAUCAGAUCAGCCCUAGCAGUAGCUUCUGCAAAUCAGAUAGUGACCAAAGACUACUUCAAGGUGAUCAUUGACAAUCAAAAGGAAGCAUUCAAGCUGUUCAGACUUAUUGGUGCAAACUCUUGAAACCGCAAGAUGGAAGUAAUUCUCCAACAACACAGUCCAUCUCCAAUACCACAGCUUCCUAUUGCAAUCAAAGAAGGAGAAGUAU